AUGGCUGGCAAUGCGCAAAAUGAGAACGAUAAGACUAGUAAAGUAGCUGAAAUUGAAGUUAUCUCUGGAUCUUGUGCUAUAUUUCAUUUUGCUGGUCGCCGUAUCCCAGCUUGCAUUGGUAGAGCUGGUGUGAAAUCGGAUAAAAGUGAAGGUGAUGGAGGUACUCCUUCGGGCUUUCUGCCAUUACGUCGCUUAUUAUAUCGGCCUGAUCGUGUUCAUUUGCCUCCUACUUCCUUGACAAGCAAACCACUGACUGAAAGUGAUGGUUGGUGCGAUGAUGUCAAUCAUCCAGAUUACAAUCUUCAAGUACGUCUUCCACACCCAGCUAGGCAUGAAAAAUUAUUGUUAGAAAAUCGAUCAUAUGAUAUAAUUGGUGUACUUGGUUAUAAUGAUGAUCCAGUGAUACCAGGGAGAGGUUCAGCUAUUUUUCUUCACGUAUCAGAUAUGCAACCGACUCAAGGUUGCAUUGCUCUCUCUUUGAAAAAUCUUUAUUGGGUACUCGAACAAGGACUGGAAGCUAUUUUUAUUCCAAAUUCACGAGCCAAUUAA